AUGGCUUAGGAGACAGGAGCAGGGAUGGCUGACUCCACAGUUGAUCCAGAGACAGGCAAAGAUGUGGAUCUGACAAAAAGCUUGGAGGAACUCUGUGAGAGCUCUAAGGAGCAGAGUGAGGAGGCACUGCUGCUUUCACACUUAGAACAGCAUCAUCAUCUCGUCUCUAUACUAAAGAGGAAAGUGAAUGAUAUACACCAACACUGCAGAGACCUGGAGCUGCUCAACAUGGAGCUGGAGAAACUGAGGGGAGAGGAUGCUGUGAAAAUUAAAAUCCAGACCCAGCGUAUUCAGUAUUUGGAGGGGUGCUUCAUGGAUCUGGUCAAAAACCAUGAAAAGAUGAUCCAGUUCUAAAACGAACACAAAAAACAGCACCUGCAGCUGUGGGAAGAGAACAAGCGUCUGCGGCAGGACAGGGAAGCACUCUUCAGCCAGGCUGUGAGGGAGAAGGAAGCUCAAGUGCUCUGGCUGGCAGCCCAGGCCAGGAAGCUCUCACAGCAGUUAUGCUCCUUGCAGAAGAAAUAUGCUUCUGAGAGUCACAGAGCCCAGGAGUGAGAGAAGGAACUGCUGGAAGCUCAGAGCCAACAAGCAGAGGAGGUGGAUUCACUGAAGAAGCAGCUGCAGCUCCUACAAGAGAGGCACCAAUAAGCUGCUGCAAGGGCCGAGCAGGCAGAGAGGCAGCAGAGGGCUUAGGGCAGUGAGCUGCAGGCGAGGCUGGAAGGCACACAUGAAGAGAAAUAGCAGCUACUGAACCUGGCCAUGGAGAGGACCAAAGCUCUGCAAGUUAAGGAGAAGGAGAUUCAGCAGCUGAAGGAGAAAGUAGAGACUGUGGAGGAAGCCAUGCAGAGAGCAGGAAGGUGCCUCAAGAAAGAGGCGGCAGCAGCAGACAAAGAUCUGAAGGUUCAAGAGCUCCAAGGACAGCUAGAAUACAGCAAACAGGUGUACAAUGAACUCCUGCUGUUGUUUGAUGCUUAUAGAAAGCACAGUAUGGAUUUGACGACUAAAGAGAGAGCUCUGAACGUCAAAACUCCAUCACUUUGUUGCAUAACUGCAGUUUUUUCUCUGUUCUCCUCUCAACAGGUGCCUCUGUGCUAACAUACACCUGAAUUUUGUUCCUCUCCAUGGGACCAUCCUCUGGUUUCUUUAUACUGUCCUCACCAGCUUAAACCCUCCUCCACUGACAGUUCUGCAGCCUUUUUGUCAUUAUGCCUUCAUGAAAGUAAAUCACUACCCCCCUAAAUCUGAACAUGGAUCAUUGAACCUGUCAAACCUGUGACAUAAAUGAUUAGGGUAGAAAAAAUAUGAAUUUGAUUUAUUUAGUGCUAACCUCUGCUGAAUCAUAGGGGUUUUUUGGGUUUUUUUUGUUUGUUUGUUUGUUUUUGUUAAAACCAUUUUAUUUUUCAAGAUGACCAAAAGCUCAAACUCUUAGCCUUUUGUAUUUGAUUCUGCUUUGAAGUUCAACAGAGGCUGGGCAUGUAAGAGACUCUGAGGCUCCAAGAAAGAAAUCCAAGAAAGAAAUCCUACCUUGCAAUAUCUCUGCAAUUCUCUAAAUUCAGGAACUUAACCGGUAAUCCAAUAAUAUCAUACAACAACUGAUUCUCAAGCAAAUUACUGUUUAUAGUUUUCUAGUAGUCUUACAGAUUUCUGCAGUCAUUUAAACCCUAUUUAAUACUAGAGUAGUAUUUAUGUCCCCAUUCAGCUCAGAAUAAAUUGUCAAGUCUUUUGGAUUAUUUCAAUCUGUUCUUUGGAAUGGAACGAUGUUCCAGACAUUCCACCAGGGGGUUUUUUCCUGUUUUUAGCUGUUUCCUGCAGAUAAAUUUUAGAGAUACACUCUUCCAUUUUGUGCACGUCUGGCAGCUUUUGAAAAAAAGAGAA